AUGAAAAAAACCUCUUCUUCGGGCGGCCAUAAGAAGGCUUCAUCCAGUGGAGGCACAUCAUCAUUGCAACAAACCAAACUUUCGUUCAAGAAAAAGACUACUCUUCAAAACAGCAACAUCAAUGAAGAAACCGAACGAAAAAACGCAAUAAUUAAUAUUUCCGAUGAUGAAGAUACAAUGGUCGAAGCCUCCUGCUCGGAUGAUGAUAUUUUAAAUUUCGGAUUGGAAAAGUAUUCCAUGAAAAAACAAACAUCUGAUAAUAGUGAAAGAAGUAGCAACAACCAAUCAUCUCAAUCAUCUGUGAAUACCCCAUCUCAAUCUUCAUCGUGCGCCUCUUUGUCACAACCUUCUAAAUUUUUUAAACCACUCAAGUUUUCUCAAGUCAGAUCGAGUCAAAAGAGCGAGCAAGAUAUCACUGUAGAUUGGAGCAGUGAUGAGUCCAUCACUGAAGCCAUGCUUUUGGCUUUGAAAACAAAAUUCAAACUUGAUGAAUUUCGUCCAAAUCAAUUUGAAAUAAUAUUCAACCUUUUGAAAAAUCGACAAGAUACCCUGGCUGUGUUACCAACAGGUGCUGGAAAAUCUCUCACCUAUCAAUUACCAGCAGUGAUUUUACCUGGAGUUACACUAGUUGUGAGUCCAUUGAUUGCACUGAUGCAUAAUCAGGUUCAAGCUUUGGAAAACUUGAACAUUAAGGCAAAUUUUUGGAAUUCUAGCCAAAAGAAGAGCGAAAUUACAAAAAUUCAGCACGACAUGGAGGGUGGUAGUCCAAAAUAUAAGAUUAUUUACGUCACACCAGAGCUACUCACUUCGAAUCAGAACUUUCAAGCACUCAUGAGAUUACUCGCCUCAAGAGACCAAUUAUCGCUCAUUGCUAUUGACGAAUGCCAUACUAUUAACUCGUGGAGUGACUUUAGAAAGUCGUUUCGUCAAUUAGGAAAUUUGAAAACAUCAUUCCCUCAAGUACCAACUAUCGCUCUAACUGCCACUGCAACCGAUAAGGUCAGAACAGAUAUUGUACAAUGUCUUCAACUGAGAAAUCCUAAAUGUUUCAUUACCAGUUUUAACAGACCAAAUAUUUCAUAUGAAAUUCGAUAUAAGGAUAUCAUUAAGGAUCCGUAUGCUGAUUUGAACAACUUUCUUAAAUCUCGCAUUGGAGAAUGUGGUAUCAUUUACUGUAGAACCAAACAACAGGUCGAAGAAUUGGUUUCUCAGCUCAGUAACGAGAAGGGAGAUGGCGAUCAACCUCUCUUCACCGUGAAACCAUACCAUGCUGGUGUCAAACUUUCAGAACGAAAAACAAUUCUAAAUGAUUGGUUGAAAGGUACAACCAAAAUUAUUGUUGCAACAAUCGCUUUUGGUAUGGGUAUUGAUAAGAAAGAUGUGAGGUUUGUUGUGCAUUUUGCACUACCGAAAUCACUUGAAGGUUUUUAUCAAGAGAGUGGGCGUGCUGGAAGAGAUGGCAAAAAAUCUGUCAGUUUGCUCUAUCACUGCAGCAGAGAAAAGAGUUCAAUAUCGUUUUUGAUUUCGAGAGACACCAAAUUAGGAGAGGAACGAAUGCAAGAAGUCGAACAAGCAUUCAAUAAGGUUUGUGAACUUUGUGAAACUGGAUGCUGUAGAAGAAAAUUCAUUUUGGAAUACUUUGGUGAAAGUUAUGAUCCUCUAAAACCUCGUGCUCUAACCACUGUUCAAUCACCAGUGAAACAAAAGACAGCAAACAGCACGACCAUCAAAAAACCUUUAAAGUUCUCAAGUACUGAUUCCAGAACUGGAAUACCAUCCACACCUCCUCGAAAUGUUGUUUCAUCUGCUUCUUCUUCAUCUGUGAUCACAAGUUCCUCGACAACAAAUUCAGAUCAAGAUAUUGAGGUUCAACAAAUCAAAGGAGUCGAAUAUGUGGACAAGUGUUGUGAUUAUUGUGCAAACCCAAAAAAGAAGUUGGAAGAAAUUACGAAUGCAACCUACACUUAUCCUUCUACAGGUUCUAGAAGUGGACUUGGAACACGAAUGGCAGAUGAUUUUAUCAUGUUUGCCUCAGCAUAUGGUGAUGACUUGAUUGAGGAAUAUAAUUCGGAUGAUUUGGAUGAAUUUGACGGCUCUGAAAUGGAAGCAGCUCGAAGAGAACAAAGUGACAGAGAUCGAUACCGUAAACAAAUGGGAAUCACGAACAAUUCUCUCAUCACCAAAAAUUCAAAAUCUACCACUGGUGGAAUCUUCAAAUCAGCAGCUGAAAUUCAACAAGAAAAACGAAAACGUAUGGAAGAUUCGAUUGAGGAUGUUCUUGAUGCACUUGAAAGAGAAGAAAUUCGUGAACGAAAAUUCUCCAAGUCCUCUUCUGCACCGAGACAUAGUAGUUUGUUACCAUCCUCAUCUUCGAGAGGUAGCAGCAAUGGUGGCAGUCGUGUUAGCUCCAGCUCUGCUUUGAGCUCUUCCACCACGAGUUUGAAUUCAGGAUUUGCCAAAGCUAGUAGUUUAGUGACUACAAGCAAUAGUGGCUAUCGUUCGGCAGAAAUGGCCUCAAGACAAAAGACAAAAUCAAAGGGAAAUCUUGAGAGGUUUCUCACCAAGAAGUGA